UGAUAUUUACUUAUCCCAAAAUAAACAAGUAUCAGUAUGAAAAUGCUAUACCUCUCUAGCAUGAAGAAACAAAAAAAAAUUAGGUGCAGUGAAUAGACAGACGCUUAGUUAUUAUACCGGUGGAUCUUCGCUUAGGCCUCCGGAUUUUCAUUAUGUCUCACACCGAGACGGGCGCGAUCUUCUUUUUGGUUUUCAGAAGUUUUUCCCCCAAAUUGAGGAAGGUGCAAGCACAGGGGCUAAACAAGAUGACUCAGCCAUCAAGCAGGAUGAUGUUAAUGUUUUACUUUAUAGUUUUUGCACAAUCUAUCAUGAGGAACAAACAGCACGUCGGCAGAAGAACGAAAGAAAACGAAGCAUUUAACUGUGACUUUUCUUUUUGGGGGUCAGUUUCUCUUUACCGUUGUCCAAUAAAGUAAAAAUAAAACGAGCUCGCGUUGUUUGCUGAGCCGAAUUUUUUUUUUUCCGGUGCCGAAUUGAGACGAGCACGCGAAGAAAAAACUGUACGCAAGGAACCACGGGCCGCUGCCACGGGCAGCAACUCAUACAUUUACGUACCAGGAGCAUAAAUAAACCGAAACCACCAUGCCGGGCAUCGUGUGCCGGCCGUGUCCCUGCCACUGUAUUUCCCGCCGUCGUUACAACCUGGCGGCGGACGAAUACUGGGCCCUCUGCCCCGGCUUAUCCUCUGCAAAAGUAUCGUGCUCGUAGUAAUCGCCGUCAUGCAUUACAAAUUCCUUGGCUAUGGCAAACCCGCAUUACAAAUAAUUCCAUUUCUCACGCUGAGCGAAUUUGUCAUGCGAUUGCUACUAGUACGAUACUUUUGCAGUUCAUACGGCCGACUCUGCUGCUACGGCUGCGUAACCCUCUGCGUCACGUAUUGCCAUUCCUGGUCGGUGUUUGCCUUUCUCUCCGCAUUCCUUUCCGGGAGUCAGGUGAUUUUGCUCUACAGUAGCUACGAGUGGGAUUGGUCGAGGGAGUGGUAUUGGGGCUCGGAGAAGAUAUGCACUGCAAAAGUAUCGUACUCGCAUAAAAAUAAAUGCAUUACAAAUUUCCUCAGCAUGAGAAAUUUGACUUAACAAAAGGAUUUGUGAUGCAUGACUGCACUACGAAUGCGAUACUUUUGCACAGGAUAGAAGAGCUUUUUGGUCUACUUGUGGUUCAUCUUCCUCCUCGAUUUGGUCUUCUUCGAAUUAUUAUCAACUAAAAACAUGUCUGGGUCUGGAAGAGUGCAAGGUUUGUCAUGCUGGUUUUGCCUGGCCCAGGAGGUCGGGAAUGCGAGCGAUAGCAUUACAAAUUUGGAGAUGACUCUGCAUAGCAUCUCCUAUCCAGCAUGAGAAAUUGAAAUGCCAUCUUCACGUGCCAAAAAUGGAUGGCUUCUGCUGCUCACGCAACACAGAUUUUUGUGUUGACCAGGACUAGCAUGACAAACUCGGAUUCUUCCAGACUCAGACAUAUUUGCAAUGCAUAAUUAUCAAGACGGGGCAUCACGAUUCGAGACGGGUUGGAGGACAGUUUGGAUGUGGUGUACGAAGAUAGCAAAACUACAACUCGACGGGCGGGUAUCGCAAGAAAAAACUGUUUCACUGUAAACUUGUAAUGCAGAAAAUGCAUCUGAGAAGUAUUUGUCUUGCUACACAUGCAAGACUGUGGAUUUUUAGCUGUGUUUUCCCUUAGGAAUCUUGCAUGGCAAAUUUUCUCUGUGAUGUAGAACAAACUUGUGAUGCAAAACUUCCAAAAUCCUUACGGUGAAGCAAUUUUUUCAUACGAUAGCGGGCGCUUCUCCGCUACUCGGCGCGCCAGUAUUUGCAGGAAACUAUAAGUAUAACGGCGGGGGUGGACAAGGAGAAGGACAACAUCAAGAUCAUCAACAUCAAAACACAACAAGUAUGAAGAAGUACAGCCAUGUCCACCCGGUGGAGAUGAGUAUGAAAGAAAUGAGGAACAUAUCAAACAAAAAAGUGUUAACGUUAACGGUUUUCCUGGAUUGUAAGUGUGCGUGACAAAUUUUGCCUAGCAUGCAUGCUAUGCAUGACAAAUCUGGGCACGUUUUGCGAUGCAUUACUGCAUUACAAAUUCCGUUAACGUUAACGCUUUUUCCUGUGAUAGAACAUGCUAGCUACGGAUUGCAGAACCAGCUUGGAAAAACGACAACUACAAGCGGUGCAGCAACUUUCUCGUCGUCCUGCAAGAAGAAAAGCAGAAGACGCUGGUGCAUAUGUUGAAGAAGAGCGGCAGAUGAAUCAGCUAAAAAUUGCAUCACACCAACAAGACUUGGACUACAACAGCAACCGGAAUUUCUUAGGUUUCGCGACCGCACAGUACAAUGGCACGACCACGACCGUAAGCUCUUACGACAAGAACCAAAUCCACUACCGAUUUCGGCGGGCGUCGCUGAUGUACAACCCAAUGAAACAAGUAGAACAGAACCAACGAAGAUCCUGCUGUAGCAAGUCGAAGUCCAACUGCACCGUCUUAGGCAGUGUGAAAUGGUGGAUGAAGAUCCGGUUUACCGUCCUCGACCCGACGAUUUUCAUCUUCCUCAGCACCAUGUACUUUGGCGUGUUUGACUUUUACCACACCUACCAGAUCGGGUUGAUUAACCCCUUGAUCGCAAGUGAGCACCAGAAGCAGGGGUAUUUGUCGUUUUACCAAACGCUCUACUAUCGGGGAUGCCUGUAUGGAUGUGUCUGAAUCGAAAUCGACAAAGUUGACAUGAUUUGUCAUGCUUAAAAUGCAACCCACAGAGUGCCUGUCUUGCAGAGUAGGUAAGUGAGACAGAUUGUAAGCCUGUUGAGGGGUAGAAAUGGUAAUGGAUCCGCUAAAGUAGCGUGACAAAAGGGGUCUUCGUCUUCCCUACACAAACAGCAUGACAAACUGGAUUUCGGAUCUACCAAAAUUUGUCAUGCGCCACUUGGAAACUGGGUCACAACUGGCAACCAUUUUAUGCAUCGCAAACUAUUUCAACUUUGUCGAUUUCGAUCCUGACAGUUCCAUAGCCUGCGGAACGCCAACUACCGCUGGGCGUGGCGGAAUCCGAAUGAUCCGAGUCAAGGAUUUGCAGAAAAUUUGAUAACGGAUGAUGAAACACCAUUGAACGCCGUCAAGGCGAGCCAGGAGAUUUUUUUGGAAAAGGCGUGUGGGCAUUUGAAGCCGAUUGCUGGUGAUCUUCACCUUCAGAAUGUGAAUGGCCGCGGCAGCUCGUCAUUUUUGCAGCGAGGACGGUCGUGGAGAGACGAUGGCAUCAGCAACAGCCUCUACAAGAACGGCAAAAAUCACCUCAAAUUUGAUAUUCCCACCACUUCCGGUUCCGUCCAGCCUUUCGUGAGUUCUUGGAGCACGACCGAGCAGGGUGUUUCGGUAGAUUUUUUUGGCCUUGAUAAAGCUUCAUUUCGGUCUGGAGAUCCUCGUGGUGCGCCACGACGGAAAAAAAGGCUGAAGCGAAAUUUCAGCGGGAAGAGCCUUUUCGGGAGUGAUUUAAUGGAGCCUUAUGUGGUCAAUGAACAAGUACAAGAACAAAACUACUCCUCUCUUGUAGUUAACUCCUCUACUCGGAGAAGCUUUAGCUACCCCUUCCUUUCGGCAGCUUCUGUAGUUCCGAGCAGGGAUUUCCACCUCCGUCGUGAGACAUCAACUUGGCCUCGACUGGCGCAGCAAGAGGAUCAAAGCGGGCCUCGUGCGGGCGGUGGUUUUCGCGGGUUGCUCCCGCCCGGCAGUGGAAGUACAAGUACACGUCGUGGCGCUGAUACUGAGCGAGAAAAUAUGAAGCAACUAUACCAGGACAGUGCCGAGAAGAUGUUCCUUCUCAGUACCAUUUACGAGGAUGGGCAAACAACGACUCCAGCAGCUACCUCCUCGGCGGCUACCACGCAAAGAACAAGUAGCAGAAUUUCCGAUAGGGCCGCGUGGGACCACUAUAUUCCAGAAAGAAUAAGAAGCAACGCAGGAGCUGCAACUGGAGGAACAACUGCACAAGUAGUAGUCGCACCUCCGCGCCGCCGCCGGAAAAAUAAAGGUGAAAAUAACCUGGAUAACUACAACCACGAGGAACUACAACGAGUAAAGAACGCGAGAAGUAGUUUCUUAUCGAGAGAAGAAGUUUUACUAGGUCACGGUAGAAGUGGAGCUGCUUCAACUUCUCCCUUUAUCGACCCCCGCUACACCGAGCCGCUCGCGAACCUCGAGUCUGUCACGGGCAUCCAGAACCUUCGCCACCGCAUGGCGCUCUAUUUCCAUGGCACCAGUGGCGACGCGCUGACGACCAUUUUCCUCGCGAUUGUGCUCUUUUUCGCUUGGGGAGUUUCUGUUUUCGGUAUGCGAAGAAAAAAGUGUUACAGUUACGCAUUGUGUUGCGAAACAAGCAAGACAGGCAACCGCUGUCAUGCAGGAAAUGCUUGCCAGCCUCAUUUCAUUCGUGUUGUCCCUUUUAGUCUGCGCGUCACAGGUUUGCUUUGGCAUGUCGAGCAACUUUGUGAUGCCGAAACUCCAAUAAAUGUGUAACUGUAGCACUUCUUUCGUGGGAUAUUCGGGGGAAAAGCUCUACCGGAUGGGGUGUUGCGCCGGGAGUUAAGGUAUGGAUUGCAAAAAUGUCUGGGUCUGGAAAGAUGCUAGGUUUGUCAUGCACAUUUUGCAUGACUCAUGAUGCCUGUAAUGCAUGACCUAGCGGCACAGAUUUUCAGAGGGCUUCCUAAUGCAUAUUCCGCAUUAGAAAUGCCCUCCCCGCGUAGCACAAACUGGACUCCGCUUGCUGGUCAUGCAAUACAGCUUUUUUUACCAUCCAAAGACAGCAUCACAAGUUGCAACCUUCCAGACCCAGACACUUUUGCAUUUGAUAUAAGGCACAUCGAACUGAAGAAAAAGAUGGGCGCGACGGUGAGAAGGGAGAUGAAAAUGCUGAAAAAUGUUGAAAAUCAAAAUGAAAAUAAGAACACUGGAGGUGAAAGAAAGGCGAACGAAGGCGACUCGGAUGAAACUACAACAUCCGGAGUAGAAGUAGACUCUGCGUCAGAACAAGCAAGCACUCCGUUCUUGCUCAAUAACCGCCACGUGUCCUCCGGCAGGAGUUUGGUGUCUGCUUUCUCAGGACGAGGAGCCUCCAGCAAAGAUAAUUUCUACCACUAUCACACGUAGGGACGGAGAAAGUGCCAAAAUUCAACCCCCCCGGUGUCUGGCUAAAGCCAGCGGCAACGCUGGCUAAAGCCAGAGAAGGGAGAUUUUCUUCCGCAUCGAUAGCAACUUCUGAACAAGGAAAAUUACCCUAACCGAUGCGCCGCAAACGCCAACGAAAAGGUCCAAGAACAUGGAGUGGGCGGUGGGUUUGCUGCAUUUUCAGGCGCUGGAAUUUUGCGGACUGCUUGCGUUUCUUGUCGUCUCGACAUUCGCCCGCACAUAGUGGGCACUAGGUUGAGACCCCCUGGUGGGUGGCGGUUCGGCGCAAAGGCCCGAGCCAGUUUGCCCCAUGCGCGCUUCGCUUUUUCCCGGAGCGCCCAUCUCCGCUUUGGGUGUAGACAGUGUCACUUCGGGAAGCUAGCCCGGCGGGCCUGCUCCGAGCAAGACAGGCCCGGCUGUGGAUUUUUCAGUCAAGAUCCCCGAUGGCGCGGUCGCCUCUUCAAACCGGGAGGGCCCGCCGGCGGGAGGCGGCCAUGCCCUCUCGGCGUGCGCGCCCCCUCUAACAAACUGAGUGGGCCCGCCGGAUGCAAAAGGUUCGCCCGCGCGCCGGGCCGGGCGUAGAGCGGGCGCGGCUGGGGGGCCAGAAGGUAUGAAAGAAUGAUUGGGAGUCGUGUCGGAGUGGUCGUGGGCGAGGCGUAGAAUGACGCCCCGCGUAGGCGGAGUUCGUGUUUUCUCACUUUUUUUCGCGCUUCCCCCGCCGCUAGGCGCAGCCGGUCCCGGGAGGCAUGCCAUUCGGUGCAGGCCACGCUUCCCCAGGGAGGGGCCCCUGCCACAAGAGUGCUGGGUCUGAUUUUUGGAGACGAACGCGAAAAAAUUGCGCACCCGCCCCAAAGCCUUGGCGCUGCGCUUUUUUCUUCGGAGAAGAAGGGGCGGGAAGAACCUCGAGGCGCAAAGCAUAGCACGUUUGCGGAGCACGCGCCCGGCUUUUUGAGGCCGCACAAUGGCCGCCCGGCCCUCCUGUUGCCCCGGCUCCGCGUUUCCCGACACCCCCGGCCCCCCUUCUGUGCCCCUCCAAAAACGCAGCGCCAGGACAGCGAAGCCCGGCCCGGCCGGCCGGGCCGGUUUUCUUUAGUUUUUGUUUUUGCCUGUGCCCGCCUUGUGUUCCGUUCCCCCCCGCAAAAUAUGUGGCGCGGAGCCGCGCAUCCUCCGACAAAAAAAAAUUUAAGAACCGCCCAAAAAGAGCGCAGCGGCGAUUCCCCAGAGAAAUGCGCCGGUUGCGCGCAAGUGCUGUGUGUGUUUGCCUCCCCUUGGGAGUUUCGUGUCCUGUUUUAUUCGGUGCGGGCCGCUUGUGUUUUUUCCGCCUGGCCUUCCUUGCUGCAGCUUCCUUCUGACUGCGAUUUUUGGUGGCGCCCCCUGCUUGUUGGCCCCCCCCGGGCACCUUGGAGUUUAACAGAAGCGCGCCGCUUACUUUGCAGCCGCGCGCCCGGCUUUUAUCUGGCUCUGUGGGUUUACCGCGGCGGGCCGAAGCCCAUUUGUGGCCCUCGUUCUAUUUUGUCGCUUAUGGCCGCCCCCUUUGGCUCCUGCCCAGUUCCCAACUCUCCGCCCAACCUGCCCGUAGCGCCCGCGCUUGGGCCCCUGCUCCUUGGUUGCCUCGGCGCCGUUCUUGUUGGAAUUCCAAAACCCGCGGGAAGGUUUCGGCGAAGCAGUUCUUGGUUUUUUUGCAAGCCCGCGACGCUCUUGCUCGGCGAGCAGGCAGCGUUUUGCCUCUGCUUCGUUCUGUUUUCCGGCGGCACAGGCGCCCGACUCCUUCGGCCGAGCCCCGCCGGGAAGGGCAGUCGGCUCGCCGCGGGCGGCGGCCCCCGCCCUCGGCGCUUUGUCGAGAGAACUGCCUGCCGGCCGCGGCCGCGCCCCCCGUCCGUGGCCCUUGCCUCCUUGGUUCCGCCCCUGGAACAAAAGGUCGGAGCGCGCUGAGUCGGGUUCUUCGGUUGCGUGAGAGAGUGGCGGCGUUGCAUGGGGCGGUGGGCCUCCUACGCCAUAGAUGGGCUCGGGCCUUCAGGAGGUCGCCCUGCUGCACCCGCACCCAUUGGUGCAUCCACCCGAGGACAGCUUCGCUCGGGCGCCAGCUUGUUUGUGGCCGCCGGCCCCACCUCCGUCCCCUGUCAGAUUUGCGCUGAACUUUUAUACCUCCGGGCUCGGUCCCCCUUCCCCUGGCUUCUGGCUUUUAGCCCCCGGGGCGACUCCGGAAGCGGUCUGGGGCUCCGGAAUCAAUCUGGGGGCUAAAAGCCAGCCCUGGGGAGUUGGAAGCGCGGCCGCGGGGCGGGGGUGGUUGUCCGUCGGGCCGCGGGUUGUCGCGCCCCCUGUCUUGUGGUUGCCGGCCCACGCGCGGCGCGCCGCCCGCGCCGCUCCGGGGAAAGGCUGGGCGGCAGGGCGUAGUGGGUCUCGUGUGGUUUCCUCCCGGGUUGCCGCGCCCAAGCGGGGCAACGGGCAGGGCAAAACCGUGGCACCGGCCGGGGAAACCGGGGCUCGCCCGCGCGCUCCCCCGCGUCCUUUUUCUUUUGGCUUGGCGGCACAGGAUGCCCAAGAAGUGGUCUAGUGCGCCGCGCGCCCCACAGGGUGCGUGGCAUAUGAAUGGGAGCAGCAGCGAUCUUGCAUGUGGUUCGUCUUUUCUUUUUCAGCAACCCCCCCGCCCCGCGCGCGUAGCUGCCUAGAGGCUGCUGGCCCACCCGUCUUCCGGGCGGGCGGCGGCGUGGCGCUGGGAGUCUUCGAGGGGCCGGGGUGGCUCGUUCGGUCGCGCGGCUUUGGCGGCACCAUCGGGCGGCCCGGACAUCCCUGGCGCGUAUUUGAUGGGCCGCGUCGAAGGUGGCCGCCCGCCCGUGUUCCAUUCCUGUGCGCCCCGUUUUUGUUUGCCGCGCCCGCCCUUCGCCCCCCUUGUGUUUAAUUUCACCGACCCCGCCCCGCCGCCUGUUCCGAGGCCCCACUCUCCAACUUCUUGGCCCCGCCCUGCGCGCUCCGUUGAGGCGCGCGCCCGUGCUUUUUCGUGCCCCAACUCCCGGCAGAGCUAUUUCGCCGGAGGAAGGGCGGCGCGCUUCGCUUUUUUUUUUUCGCCGAGGGGGGGGGGCGCGCUCCGCCGAACAACCAAGAAGCCCGCCGGCGGCGCACGUAGGGCCGGCGGCGCACGGAGGGCCGCCGGCGCGGCGGGCGCGCGCGUGUGUUUGCGCGGGGGAUGGGGGGGCGGUGGCGUAGGCCCGGCUCGCCUCCGCCCCUAUCUUCAGCGGGGUUUGUUGCUGACUCGCUGGGAUUGUGUUGUGCGCGCGGCAGCCUGCGCCCCCACCCUUGCCUGUUUCCUAACUCUGUUUUUUUUGCCCGGGCAGGCCCAAGGGAAAAAGCGAACGGCGGAGCCAGCACGCAAACAAGAAGGGCAGCGGACAAACAUAGGAAAGGCGGGGGGCUUGUCUGGUUUCCCCGCCUCCCUUUUCCCGGGGCGGGUCAAUCUGUGUGUGGGGGUCGCAAAACCGGGCGACAAAAAAUUGCAAAGGGCUGCAACGAGGCCCGGCAGAGAAACUAGCCGCGCCCUGCAGGGAUAUGGCCAAGCCCCCCAGGGGGCGCAAUCGCGCCCGCGAUGUGCGCGCGACGCGAUUCCCUCGCAUUGUUUUGGAGCGGGCCCACUGCUUUGUUGUGGGUUUGUGGAUAUUGCGUGGCAAGAUUGGCGCCCCCGCGACGCACUUUGUAUGAAAAAGGAGAGAAGGCAGGGGCGCCGGCAGAAGUCAACACGCGGGAGCGCCUUGGCCAGGCUUGACAGCGCCGGCGAUGUAAUCCCGGGAAAAAGCGGAAAGGGGCAGGGGGGAUUGGGGUGGGAUAUCGGGACUGCAGGGCGCGCGGGGCCCCAUGGUGUGGCCUCCGUGAAAAGAUGGGCGCGCCUUCUGUGGGCUUGCCGCGUUGGCUUGCGUGCGCAAAUUUUUUUCGAUUUUUUUGCAGAAGAGAAAAACCGGCAGCGCCCAAUCGUCGGACCGGUUGCGCAAUUUACGCAAACUAUUUCCCAGCGGGGCUCGAUGCCGUUGGUGCCCUUUGGGGUUUUUUGGUAUCAAGUUCGCCCAUUCCCUUUUCGCGAUUGCGUGCGGCCGUCUGCGGGGGCGCGCCCCAUUUCCGCUGGGGCCCACGCGUUCAAUUGUGGUCCGGCGAACUGCCGCCCCAAUAGAAAAGCCACAAAGCUUCGGUGCGCCGCGUCUGUUUCGCGCGGGAUCCUGUGAUGGAGAAAAUCACAGAGCGUCGCUUCGGACGGCUCUGUGACCACAAAAAUUUUUCAUCGGACAGGCCUUGCGAUUAUCAAAAAGCAUCCGGCCACUUGUGGUGGUGUUCUGGCUUUAGCCAGCGUCCUUGCUGGCUUUAGCCAGCAUCCUCGCUGGCUUUAGCCAGAGGCCGGGGGGGUUGAAUUUUGUCGAUUCUCCCUUCAUAAUCACACGACGACGUCGACCUCCACUGCGACCCCCGGAGAGUACGGCGGACGACCUACUCCUACUACAUCAGGUUCUAGAACAAGAACUUCUCGCAGUGGCACUGCUCUCACUCCCACCUGGGGGAGUAGAAACAGCAUCCGCAAAGCGCAUUUACAACCGAACCUGCGACGGUUGGUCCCCGCCUCCGAGGGUGAAAAACAAGAUCAGUCGCCCAGCAGCGUGGCCACAUCAUCUGCAGAUUUCACGUACGCUUCUGGGAUAGAGGAGGACGAAGAUCAUGAUGAAACUUCCAGCACCACCACUGGCUCAAUGUCACAAUUCCCAACCAGUGGCGAACCCGAAAUCGCUUUGAGGCGCUGGAAAAUCAAGACAGCCUCAGCUUCCUUGGAUGGAGAUGAUAAAGUGCAUCAAGACGGUACUAGUGGGAUAACAGCUGAAAGAGACUAUGACAAGCUAAACGGCAAAAAGCAGGAGUCAGAUUCAAAUACUAAUCCCGUCUCCGAAGCGAGCUACUCCGCGGAAAAGUUUUCCCAUUUUGUCGUAGAAACCGGAAUGGAUUUCUUCAUGAGCUGUGUUUGCGGAUUAUGCAAUACAAACUUUCCGUAGCCCCCGUACAUGUACAAAAUGCAUGACAAAUUUCGCUAACUAGUUGCAGUGUCCAACCUCUCUUUGUCAUGCUAAACUAGGAUCGAAACCCAGUUUUGUCAUGCAGCGACUGCAUUUGUACGUGUGCGGGAAAUUUACCGUGGAUACGGAUGUUUGAAUUGCGGCGACCUGAAAACCUCCAUGGCCUUCGGAAAUUUUCAAGAAGCCGGAACCAGGUUAACCUUUGGCGACGCGGUCAUCGGCAUGAUGCUGGCGCCCAGUAGCCACGAGAACGACCCGAUCUAUCAAGCUAGUCGGAGAGAUACAAAGCAGUUGGACGAUCAUGAUCUCUUUCACGACAGGAAGUCGAUAUCAAAAACAACUACCGGUGGUCGCUCCCUCGUAGGCGCGCCAAUCUUGGCGAAGAUUAGACAGGACCAAGCUGCCUUGGAGGAAUACAAACACGAGCCGGAACAAGUCAUUUUCAACAGCACCUCCGCCUCCGCUCGGGGUGACAGAAUCGAGAAUGGUAACAGCGAGGAUCAUGAUGUUGAUCAAGAAGAACUACAACAAGCAGCGGGUCGUGGCUCUUCAGCACGUAUCCAACAACUAGUCCAAGACCCAGCCAUCUACCUAUCAAAAUGAAAAAUCCCCCCUCCCCAUAUCAAAACGAAGUUUCUGAUGCUGGAUUUGCGUACACAAAUCAGUUUUGUCUUGCUAGCGAGGACUGCAGGCCCAUAGCAAGCCUGAGUAGACAGGUUUUGGCCUAGGCGCUUAGCAUGGCAGACGUCUAUGCUGCAGGGGCAACAGCAUGACAGACCGCCUGUAGAAUGUGGCGGAGCCUGUGGAGUUGCCUUCAUGCAACACAGAGACGAUUUGGGGUCACAAAUCAGCAACACAAAUUUCCAAAAACGUACCUGGUCAAUAUGGGGAGGGGGGAUCUUUCCUCACAAUACUACCUCUUCAGUGGCCAGAGCGAGCACGCGAGCACAAAAAUGACCCCGAAGCAACAGGAGUACUACAAACAUCUCUGGCAGUUUCUUGAUGCCCACCAACAAUACGCCUAUAACGUGUACGGACCGACCGGCGCACUCGGAUCCCAGUUAGGGGCCUGGCCGUCCUGGGGCUGCAGCGACUGUUUGCAGUUCUUUUGCACCUAUACCUGCUUUGCGUGUUGCUUCCCGAAAGCGUACACGUACUCGAGGAGCACGGUGCAAACUUUGUGUUCUUGCUGUUUGCGGAACUACAAGCGGGCAGGUAGAACAAAAAAGGAGAAUGCGGAAGAUCAAACCAUCAUCCACAACGACACGUGCUGCGGGGGAAACGCUUUACUUUGGACCGAGGCGAGACAAGCGCGGGAUGUGCACGGAGCACAGAAGAACAUGUCGUACGACGCGCCGUCGGCCCGGGUCGCGGCGUUCUGUCGACGGCGGAAGCGGGGGGAGGAAAUUGAAACUCCGGAUUCACAUAGUACUUCUAAAAAAAUCCCCGACUUCGACCUGAUCUACGCUGAUUUCGAUAAUUCUGGGUACAAGAAACCGGUGGCCGUGAUCUGCGACCAUCACGAGAAAACGUUCGUGAUCGCAUAUCAAAUGCAAAUAGGUCUGGGUCUGGAAAGUUGUGAUGCAAGUCACUGAAUAAUAAGCACACUGUAAUGCGCCGCCAAGCAUGACAAGUUUUUUCAUGGUUCUGUGUUGCGUAUAUUUCCGCAUGAGAAGCUGCGCGCUUGCAUGACAAUCAAGAGGACCUCUUGAUGGUUGCCACGCAAUACAGAUUCCAGAGUCAUGCCAGACUAGCAUGACAAGUCUCGCAAUUAUCUCCCAGACCCAGACAUGUUUGCAAUCCAUAUCGCAAUUCGCGGGACAAUGUCCGGUGCGGACGUCGUCACAGAUAUCGACGUGGAAUUUGACUUGAUCGACGAACUAUCCUGUGCAAAAGUAUCGUGCUCGUAGUAAUUGCGUUUAUGCAUUACAAAUCUCUUUCUCAAGGUCAAUUAUCAGCAUUACAAAUUUAAUUUGUAAUGCUGCGCUAAUUUGUAAUGCAAUUUCUAUACUAGUAGUAGUACGAUGCUUUUGCAUUGCAUACGAACAAACCGACCCGACGACCGAGUAUUUCCACGGGGGCUGCUUGCAGGCCGCAAACGCGGUUUUUGAUGGUCUAAUGGAGAACGGGGUGCUGCCGAGUGUGUAUACUAACAAGAGGAAUGAUCCGCAGAAGAAGAAUGAUGAUGGAACGAAUCAAGAAACUCAGACCGACGACGACUUUUCCGAUUCCGAUUCCGCAACACAAAGUGGCACAGCUAGAAGUACUACAUCUCGUUUGAAGAAGCGCAACUGGGUAUUUGAUUUCGACAUGAUUAACGGCUUCGUGAAAGUUACGGAUAAAGAACGAAAGCACUUGACCUCUGAUGGCGACAAGCAUUACAGAAUCGUUCUUUAUGGAAGCCUCAGAAUGGAAAUCCUCAGAGUGGAAAUGAUUUGCGAUGCAUGAAAUGCGACACCAAAAAGACUGUAUUGCAGAGAACGCAAUGGACUCCGACUAUUGUGCUUCUACGGGUUCAGAAUUGGGCUGUUGAUUAGCACGAGAGACGGGCACCCCUUUGCCUAACUAGCAUGACAGACACGUUUUGAGUGCCCGGGAAAUUUGUCAUGCGCCGACUAGAAAUGGUGCUUCGACUGGAGUCGUUUUUUUGCAUCACAAAUUAUUUCCACUUUGAGGAUUUCCAUUCUGAGGCUGUCAUAUGAACGUCGGCCACAGUCUCGGGUCCGGGGUGGCGACCUGUCUCUCCUUAUCAAAUGUAAAAAUGUCUGGGUCUGGAAGAAUGGAAGGCUUGUCAUGCUUGUCUGGCAUGACCCAUGAUGCUUGUAUUGCAUGACCCAGCAUCACAGAUUUUUGGAAAGCUUCCUGAUGCCAUUUCCGCAUGACAAAUGCCCUCCUCGCGUAGCACAAAUGUGGCUCCUCUUGCUGGUCAUGCAAUACACAUUUUUUUAGAGUCCAAAGUUAGCAUCACAAGUUCCAACUUUCCAGACCCAGACAUUUUUACAUUUGAUACUCCUUUCUGAUGCGCAGGCGCUAUUACGAGAAGAUGCGGGGGUUGAGGCUGGGUGGAGCAGAAGCUGUUAAUAUUUCUGGUGCGACGUCAAAAUCUUCAAAUGGACGACGAGCGGGUGUUGGACGAUUUGUGGAAAAAAGAACUAUUUCUUCCCGCGAAACUGCCAAUUCUUUCUCCUCCGAACGCUCCAGGCUCGCAGCGGAGUUGGCGAAAAAACGGGCCCAAAGGCUGGCGGCGCACAACUAUGCAAGAAAUGGUGCUGGUGGUUCAUCAAGAUCUAUUUCGAAGGGAAGAGACAGGGCCGAGGCAGUUCGAGGAAAGAACCUCAAUCCGGAAGGCGGGAGCAGCAGCGGCCUUGUGAACGAAGACGGUCCUCUUGUUUCGACCAAUUUUGAAAUAGACGAAGAAGAAGUAGAUUCUGUCGUGCCGCCCCUCCUCUCUAUUCAUGCCGAUCGUGCCCCGGAUCCGGUGGCUCUAGGACAUCAGCCCCUCACCCCCUCAACCGUGGCCCCCCGUUCUCCCGCGCACCACAGCUCUCCCGUCGUGGUCGCUAGUAUUGAUUUUCCGGCGGGCAGCGUACCUACGCCUACCAGUGAAGAGCGCGAUUUGACAACUACUAGGAUAGAUAGCCGCGCACGCGCAGCAGUACCAACUCUGUCCGGGGGGACUUUCACGCUGAACACUUUCAGUCCCGAAGGAGAAUCAGACGCACCCUAUCUACCAUCCGGUACUUCAGUAGGUCAGGACGAAACAAGCCAGGAUCAGAAAUCAUUAUCCCCAUUGUUCCUCCAAUCCCAGGCCAACCGGUUAAAAUUGCAACGACAGCUGUCGGAGAGAGCUCUCCUGAGCCCGAAGUCACAAUCUUCAGAACAAAACCAACCAACCACGACCCCGACUUCCAUCUACUACGACACAAUAGAGGAACACCAACCAAUCCACAAACCAGAGCCCGGCGGCAUUUCCGCAUCGGUCUACACGAAGCGCAUGAUGAAGCACUCGCAGAUAUGCUGAGCAAAAACGUCCCCACCCCGUAGUCAAGUUGGUAAAUCUGCAACACAAAACUCCAACCUUUGGGAGGUAUGCAUGACAAGUUUCCAUCUGCAGUGUAGUUCUGGUUUUUAGCAAGGACAGCCGCAUCACAAAGAUGCCUGCUUAUGCUGUUUACCGCAUUACAAAUCCCAGAAAACGACUACAAAUCCCUCUCAUUCGGAUGCGCAUUACAGAUCUUUCUGUAGAUGCAAAUCUGCAUAACAACUCUGGGGUGGGGAUGUUUUUACAUGGGAUAGCAGACCUUGCUCCUCGGCCCGAUGUCGGCGACGCUCUCGCCGAAAUUAGCGGAGCUGUCCCGGGAUUGGUGUUUAACCGUGGUGAACCACACCGACAUCGUGCCGAGACUGCAUGUUCAAUCGCUGCUGAAAAUCGGAGACCGGUUGACGAAAACAUUGUGGAAUUUCGGCGAUAAAGUCACGAAGUUUCAGGUGAUGCUCAUUGAUUCCUGGAUCCGGAAUAACAGGGACUCGAGACUACUCUGGUUCAUCUCCCCGAGCACGAAGAAAAUAGUGGACAAAAUCCGGGGGUUAGAGUCGGGGAAACAAGUGAAUUUCGAUUUUUUACCGUCGCAGGAACUUUACAAAAAGAAUCUGAUCCGAACGUUCGCGGAGAUGGAAAUGGAGAAACGGAUUGGGAAAAUGAAUCGUUCUGUUGUACCUGCUACUUCUGCCGCGCGGAACAAGAACAGAAGUUACUCUUCAUGCUGUAGCUGCUUGUUCUGUGGGAGGACACCUGACGAGCACACGGACACCGUCGAUUAUCCUGCGGACAGUGAUGUUUACCGAAAGCCGAUUGAUUUCUUGAUGUACGAUUCCGAGACCGUUUCCUUUUCCAACCUGGCCCAAAGGAUGCGGGUGGAUUGCGCCACUCCCGGACAAGUGUUGCUCAUCACGCCGAGCUACGACGUUUCUGGGGCGGGAUUGUACUACGCGCCGGAGGAAGUAGGGGAAGAGGAAGAUCAAGAUGAUCAACAAGAACCUCUGGACAUCAACACGAAAAACAAACAGAAACGACCCAUGAAAAUCCCCUACCGCAAGCCGGGACUCGGGCCCCGCGCCUGGAUAAAAACCGACGCGGAUAAAAUGCACAGGAAGUGCUGUUCUGGUGGUGGAGACAGAGAUAAAAAUGAUUACGCCGAAGGCGGUGGCGAGAUCGGGUACUACGCUGAAAAUUAUGACGUCGUCUGGUUUACCAACAUGGCUCUGGCUACCGGAAGUAUUGCAGCAACAAGGAACAACUACAACAGUGGUCUGGGUCUGAGUAUGAACUCACACCCGCAGACCCAGUCAAUGCGAUCCUUGGCCCGCGUCGGAAACAGUACGCCCAGAGAUAGAGAUUUCUUCCACACAACAAGCAAUAGAAAUUUUUCUCUUCGCGGACAACAUCACGACUUCUACAACAAGGAAGGAGCAACAUCUUCUACACCCGCCACGGGAAAAAGUUUACUCCAGCAGAAACUCUGCCAGUUUUUCGGGGAGAUAAUAACCACCCGGGAGGUAUCCUGUGCAAAAGUAUCGUACUCGUAGUACUUAAUUGCAUUUAUGCAUUACAAAUCUUUUUCUCAAGGUAAAUCAGCAUUACAAAUUCAAUUUGUAAUGCUGGAGGAAUUUGCAAUGCAAUUUAUACUAGUACGAUGCUUUUGCAUUGCAUAGGAGGCGCUCUUAGAUCAUCUACCCGGUCGGCAACAGGUCAUCAUUGCCGCGACGAUUGAAAAGGAAUUACCGAGACACAUUGGAGAGAUAUUACAGAUUGAAAAUGAUGGAAUAAAGCACAAGCAGGAGAAGAUCAUUACCGGGCUAGAACACGAACAUUACCAGGGUCCUCGUUGUGAAGGGGAGCAGGCUGCUAAGUUGUACACCGAAGGAGAAGAAGAAAAUUUCCCGCGGUCGAGCGGCUUUCACCACGACUCGACGUCUGCAGCAACUCCAUCUCGGGUGGUCGCAAGUAGCCCAGCGAGUGGGCCGCGGAGCACAAGUAGGCGGAAAAGACACAUUCCCACAAACUUUGUCAAUCGCUAUUAGCAGCUGAAAAUGGAAAUAAAUACACAGUUUUUUGAUAUGAAUAUCGUAAGUAUGACAACACCAAAGUUGUGAUCAUGUAAGUAUGGAAAAAUAAUCUGAAUAAAGAGAAAACAAAAAAAAAAGCUCCAAAGCGUUCUUCGAUGCAAGCUCUGCUUUGUCUUUGUGUGGUGUUUGUAGGGACGACGGCGAUGUGUAAGUCGUAUAUGGAUUUCAUCGGGGCAGGGGCACUCGGGAAACAGUUCCCAGUUGAUUUUACUAUUUUAUAGCACCUCCAUCCUAAUAAUAAUAAUUCUAAAUAUUUGAGACGAAUAAACAAACUGCAUGUGAAUCUGGAUGUAGCGCAGUGCUAGCGUGCUGGUCCAAGGAUUCCCGUCAUUGGUUCCUUGAGACAGGUACGCAAUCUUGAAGAUACGAAGUGGAUGAAGCAGUCAAUGUUUAGCAGGGGGUGUCGUGUAGUUGAAGAUUCGAAUACAAUGACAAACACAAUAGCAACAAAACAAACUUGUGAGUAGCUUUUCGGGAUAGAGAUAGUAGUGCAACAAGGGGAACAAGAACCGGAAUAGCAUCCAGAUGCAGGAGAUGCACUUGCUCGAUGAUAUUGAUAUUAUAUAUCAAUAUAACUACACCUAAACCAACAAAUAAAACUAGCGUACAACAAUAAAAGCAAUUUAGUCUGAAGCCGAUCCCUAGAAAAACUACCGAUUCGUGGUGCCAGCAGGCACUUGUAUGAUACAUUGAACGCCGAGCAUAUUUUUAAAAAUGAAAGCCGAAGCUCCGCGAUUUUUAAAGCACUUACUUUUACCUAGAACUACGUAGCCGUAAGUGCGAAGCGAAAGAUGUGGCACGAUGAUCCUUCUUGAAGAU